AACUCCACCGCCACUCAUCCAAAACACUGGAAGCAGAAAGAAAUCCUCCCAUUGGAUGGAUUGCCGCGGAUGAGAACAAAAGGAGAGAAAGGAGAAGAAUGGCCACCGCAGCGCUCCGCUUGGCCUCCCAAUUCCCGACGACCACGACCCCGGCCGCCGGGCGGCGGCAGCGGAGGACGGCAGCGACGGUGAGGUGCGGGCUAGCGGACUUCAUUGGAGGAGAUUUCGUCCGGCCGGAUCUUGGGCGGUUCCUGGAGGACGUGGAGAAUCACAAGGCUCUGGCGAUAUACCCGCCGCACGAGGGCGGGUACGAGGGUCGGUACCUGACCCGACUCCGCUACCAGGGCUACCGCUUUCUCGACCUCUCCGCCCGCGGCCUCGGCGACCCGGAGACAACCCUCACCAAGAUCCACCCCGUCUGCCCCCCGCACCUGGGACGGCAACCCAUAGCAAGAUGGUACUUCCCUCCUGAGGUGGACUACCGGCUCUCCUUAUUGCCUCCAAAUGCCAAAGGCCUUGUUGUAUGGAUAAUUGAAGCCAAGGUUCUCUCAAAGGCCGAGUUACAAUUCCUCGCAUUGCUUCCCAGCCUUCGCCCAAAAGUCAGGGUCAUUGCAGAAUGUGGUAACUGGAGGAAGUUUGUUUGGAAGCCACUUAGAGAAAUAGCAGGCCUUCCUUCAAGUGAAGAAGAAUCACAAAUUGGACAGCCAUCGCAAUGAGUUAAAAGAAUGAAGUGAAACUGAUAUUUAGAGCUUUUGUCUCUAUAAUUUGUAAUUCUGUGCUUUUUGUUGUUCUAUUUAAAGUCGCCGAAGAUUAUAUAUAGUAUUUCAAUUCUUUGUUUUGUUUUCCAA